UAUUUCACACAAAUAGACACCCACCCAAUAUAUUGAUGACGUCACGUCCCGCUAGACGCACUCGACUCUCUGGGAAAAGAACGCCCGUUCGGUGCAGUGGAAAAACAAACUUCAAGGACGGGAUUUCUUCCAAAUCACAAAUAAAAUUCAGCUUCUAUUUUUCGUAAGGCGAUUGCUGAGAUAUGAAUCCAGACCAGCCCCCACCAUACCCAGGCCCAUCGGCUCCAGUCUAUCCAGCCCAGGGUCAACCCCCUCAGGGCUACCCACAGCAGGGUUAUCCUCCACAGGGAUACCCUGUUAACAUGCAACAGCCUAAUCCAAAUUACCCUAACUACCCCCCUGGGCCAAUGGGUCCUGGAGGCCCCUAUCCAGGGCCUGGACAACCACCUUAUCAAGGGUAUGGUGGACAACCCCAGUACGGCUGGCAGGGUGGGCCCCAACCUGGUCCCAUGUAUGGAGAACCUCCUAAAAACACAGUAUAUAUGGUGGAGAACAGAAGGGACAACUCUUCAGACACGUGCCUGACAGCCUGCUGGACAGCCCUAUGUUGCUGCUGUCUCUGGGACAUGCUCACAUAAUAUUCCUCAACAUCUUGAUGACACACCUGGCUCUCCUAUUUCUGUGUGCCUCUAAACAUUAGCAUCUCUUCCCCCUUGUUGGCCUUAAAUCUUGUUCCCCUCUUAGUGUUGCCUUCAUUUCUUUCAACACUGUGCCUAUAAUACACACUUUGUUCCUGAAUGGCUGCUCUCCCACUUAACGUCAAUGUGAAGUCCUCAGCACUGACUGACUGAGCGACCUGCCGCCAUAAGGGGCAACUUUGUUGCAGCUUGAAAAUCAGAUUGAUGAGCUACCCCGAGCAUACUUCUACAGGGGGGAAAAAAUGCUUUAAGUAGUUUGUUGAAUGGUUUGCGUGAAAACGACAUGUCUGAGGAAUCUGCCUAACUCAGACCUUUGGAAACACUACAUACAGUACAACAUGCAUGCCACACUAGUAGUGAUGCCACUUUUUGUACAAAAGUUAAAAGAAAAUCACAAAGUGGCAGCAGUAGCUUUCCUUCGUCUUAACCAAAACCUCACUAAUACAUGUACUUUUAGUUGCAUUAGAAGCACAGAUCAUUACAGAAGUACUCUGAUCUACCUGUUUGAGUUUUAGUUAUGGCAUACAGAUUGAAUAUAGCCAUGGAUGCACAUUGUUUUAUACAGACAACUUUUUAAGUUAAUUUUAAAGGUUUCUGCUAGAAGGCUUUUAAAAGUAAAAGCACUGUCUUAACUGGUAGGAUCGUUUCAGUGUCAAAAAACCUUCAUCGCUGGGUUUUGCCGUCACCACAUGGAUAGGAUCGUUAUAUUGUCAAUUUCCCCUCAUCGCUGGGUUUUGCCGUCACCACACAACAAAACUGAAGAAAUUCACAAAGACUAUAAUACAGAGUGGCACAGUAAUACAUAUAUUGCGCUCAGGCUCGUCUUGAGGGUCUCAAGCACUUUGUGAUAAUUACCUCUGUAUGUUCCCUCUCCCCAGCUGCUCGUCUAGCAAACUGUGAGCCACCUUUUUGCUUCUCAAUAUUGCUUUAUCUCAUGAUCUUUUAAUUUGCAUCAGUUGCCCCUGACAACUGAGCUUUAAGAUAGUCUACCAAUGAGCAGAAGGGUGUUCUAUAAGCAGCUGACAGUUGUUUUUCUUUUGAAUUGCACAUUUCUCAUGUGAAAUCAAAUACUUUUUGAGAAUGAUAUUGAUUUGUUACAUUACUUUUACCAGAUACUAAAUGGUUCUUUUCAAAAUGUGAUCAAUGUACUUUUGUUGUUGUUGAAUAUGCUACAUUUAAAAUAAGAAACCAUUCUGUGAUCAAUAAAACAAACGACCCAUUAAAUGCCUGUUUGCUUAAAA